ACUAUGAAUACCGGCCUACGUUAUAGUUCAAUAUCCACGUUCUAUGGACAUAGAGGCGCUCCAAAGUCACAGCUGAUCAUUUCGAUUUCCGCAACCCCGCGAGGAUCGGUUUACCGACCAAUCGCGAAGUCAAUUUCCCGUCAAGUGGCGUGCUCUUGAAUAUGACACGGUGUCACGGUGGUGAUGGUGACUUUUGGUGACGCUGUGCUGUGACGGUGAGACGAGAGAGUUUCAGCGAGUUCGGCGAGUAUCACGCAAUUCAUGCAUUCGAUUCGGACAAUCGGGCCAGCAGCUACGAGUCGCAAGAGUAGGAGCGUUUGAUUGACUCUUUUGAUAGGAAAAGCCAAGUCUAUUAGAGUAUUGACGAUGAUUCAUAGCGCUUCUGUGUCCGCUUUCACGUGGCCGUGAUGGGCAAAUGCCGCCAAACUCGCCAAACGGUGCCGCGGAGCGAUCGAUAAGCGCGCCAGUUCGAUUGGCUUGGUCCACCAUUGGUCACGCUGGUGAAAGUAAAGUACCGGGUGGCGGUUUUCUGGGUGGCUCUCGCUCGUCGGGCGGCGUACGUGUAGGUGCGCGCGCGCGAGAGAGAGAGAGAGAGAGAGAGAGAGAGAGAGAGAGACCGCUGACAGCUCGUUGCUACUUUCACACGUGUACACUCCGCGAACGCACCCGCGCGCUCGUGACAGUCGUUAAAUUCAUACGUUAUAAGAGCUCUGAACACGCCGUCAAGCGGCUCAGACUGUGUUUCGGAACAGCGCGUAUCGCACAUAUCGGUGCCGGUAUAUCUAGCGAGAGAGUGACAUUCCGCUUCCAUACUUCUCUAUCAAGUUUUCAGCCUCUGUCUCUCCGUCUCUUUUCGUUUUUCUUCCGCUCUCUACGUGGUCUCUACGUACGUGGCAGGCGAGAGCAACCUUGAUAAUAUGUGUGGAAUUUUUGCUUAUCUAAACUAUUUGACACCGAAGAGCAGGAAGGAAAUCUUGGAAUUGUUGGUCGUUGGCCUAAAAAGAUUAGAGUAUCGUGGAUAUGAUUCUGCAGGCGUUGCCCUCGACAGUGCGGAUGGCAAGGACAUCUCGAUUAUUAAGAAGCAGGGAAAGGUCAAGGCUCUCGAGGAGGAGAUAUUUUGUCGCACCAAUCUGGACUUCGAGUCGGAAACUCAAUACCACGUCGGCAUCGCUCACACGCGAUGGGCGACUCAUGGUGUUCCAUCGGAGGUAAAUGCCCAUCCCCAACGUUCUGACGGCGAACACAUCUUUGUCGUCGUUCAUAAUGGUAUCGUGACGAAUUAUAAGGAAGUGAAAACUCUGCUGCAACAAAGAGGAUACAUAUUCGAAAGCGAUACCGAUACCGAAGUUAUCGCCAAAUUGAUCCAUCAUCUCUGGGUACAACAUCCCGCGUAUUCAUUUCGUGAACUUGUCGAACAGGUCGUUCAACAAUUGGAAGGAGCAUUCGCGUUAUGUUUCAAAAGCAAGUAUUUCCCGGGCGAGUGCGUAGCUACGAGGCGAGGAUCACCGCUUCUCGUUGGUAUCAAGACGAAAACGAGACUGGCUACCGAUCACGUGCCUAUUUUGUACGGAAAAGAUGAUCUUCAAUGCGCAAUUAAUAAAGAAGGUGAAGCACCGUCUCAAGAUCAUCGUCCACAUGGCAGAAAUACAGAAUUUCCGGUCAUGCCGCGUAGCGAGAGUACAUCUGAGUUUCAACCUCUUGAAGAUAAGGAAGUCGAAUAUUUCUUCGCUUCUGAUGCGAGUGCCAUAAUCGAGCAUACGAAUCGCGUGAUAUUUUUAGAGGACGAUGACGUGGCGGCCGUUAAAGAAGGCGCGUUGAGUAUUCAUCGUCUUCGUCGGUGCAUGGAUGAUCCUCACGCUCGUGAGAUCACAACACUAAAGAUGGAGAUUCAGCAGAUCAUGAAGGGUAAUUACGAUUACUUUAUGCAGAAGGAGAUUUUCGAGCAGCCGGAGUCGGUGGUGAACACAAUGAGGGGACGUUUGAAUUUUCAAGACAACUCUGUCACCUUAGGCGGAAUUAAAGAUUAUAUUCCUGAGAUCAAAAGAUGCAGACGCCUCAUGCUAAUCGGUUGCGGCACGAGUUACCAUUCUGCUAUAGCUACGCGGCAGCUUCUCGAGGAACUGACGGAAUUGCCAGUGAUGGUAGAACUUGCAUCCGAUUUUUUGGAUCGCAAUACGCCAGUCUUUAGAGAUGAUGUUUGCUUCUUUAUUUCUCAAUCGGGCGAGACAGCUGACACAUUAAUGGCAUUACGUUAUUGCAAAAGUCGCGGAGCUCUUAUUGUGGGUAUAACUAACACAGUUGGUAGUAGUAUCUGUCGCGAAUCUCAUUGCGGAGUACAUAUCAAUGCUGGUCCCGAGAUUGGUGUAGCAAGUACUAAGGCUUACACCUCGCAAUUUAUUUCUCUCGUGAUGUUUGCACUGGUAAUGAGUGAGGACAGAAUCUCUCUUCGUGCGAGACGCUUACAGAUUAUUGAAGGCUUGAAAAAUCUUGAUAAUCUUAUUCGCGAAGUACUGAAACUCGAUGAUAAAGUUAAAGAACUAGCCAAAUCUUUGUUUCAACACAAGUCCCUGUUGAUCAUGGGUCGCGGAUAUAAUUUCGCUACGUGCAUGGAAGGCGCACUCAAAGUAAAAGAAUUGACAUACAUGCAUAGCGAAGGAAUUAUGGCUGGUGAAUUGAAACAUGGUCCAUUAGCUCUCGUUGACGAUUCUAUGCCGGUAAUUAUGAUCGUAAUGAGAGAUCCAGUGUACGUGAAAUGCAUGAAUGCACUCCAGCAAGUUACCGCGCGGGACGGUAAACCUAUUGUUAUCUGCGAGGAAGGAGACGAGGAAACGAAAGCUUUUGCCGAUAGGGCUCUCGAGAUACCCAAAACCGUCGAUUGCCUGCAAGGAAUUCUCACCGUUAUUCCUAUGCAGUUGUUGUCUUUUCACAUCGCGGUUUUGCGUGGUUGCAACGUCGAUUGUCCGAGAAACUUGGCCAAGUCGGUCACAGUUGAAUAAAGAUCGAAGAGCUUGUUCCAUGAAUUUUUUGAGGGACCACAAGUUAACGUGGUUGCUACAAAACUUUCUUGCAGAAAGAGGGAACGCGAAUUACAAAUAAAUGAUUACAAAUAUCGAGUGAUUAAUAAUAUGACGCAGUUAAUUAAAUAAAACAACCGACGUUUCUAUAUUUUAAAUUUCAUCAAACUCUUGUUGAUUAUUCAUAAUUGAAAUUCUUAAUAACGCUUGAUAAUCAGAAUUUUUAAGAGAUUUAAGAAGAUUGUAAUAGAAAAAUAAUAACGAUGCGCACAUUGCCAAUUUCUUUUUCAAAAACGACAAAUUGACCUAAAAUUUGAUCAUGUAUCUAAAAACUUCAAUUGUGCAACAUUGAUUGCAAACGUUUCUCUUUUACAAAAAGUGAUAAGAAUUUCCAAACAUACAUGAUUUCCACGCAUUUAACAUUUAUAUUUUAACUCGCGUAACAUACAGUUUAGUUUUAAAUACAAUGAUUAAUUAAUUAAUGUUUUUAAUUUGAUAGGACACAACACAAUAGUGCGGAGUCACAACGUGACUCGUUUGCCGAAUGAAUUAAAAUUAAGAUGACAAUAGAAAUGUUUGUAUCUGAUAGCGGUUGUAUGAUGGAUAAUACACGCGAUGUAAAAAUUGUGUGUAAAUAUGUGUAUAUGCGAUAAAUACCGCAAGAUAAGUUUAAACGGAAUUUUUUCGUACGAGAUAAAUUUUUCAUCUUUAUAUAAAAAGCUACACAUCACUAAGAUGAUAGAUAUUAUUGUCUGGUUUAACAUUCUUUGGGCAGUAAUCAUUGUAUCAUGCGCAAACAAUGCAAUAGCAGUUUUCUAGGACACGUAUCUUUUUAAUAAAUUUAUGUCACAGUAUUUUGUAAAAUUGAUCAAAAAAUAUAUAAUUAUGACUUGAUUUAUA